AGUUGAUAAUACCAGGGAUUGAACAAUUCAACAAAUAGUAUGAUCACUAUAGUGAUCUAAUGUGGGAAAGCAACCUGCCAUUGGGUCAAAUGCUGUCGGAUGUGUUUCAUACUAAAUGUUAAGCCGUUCGUGGCACACCAAGUUUGACUACGGAUCUAUUCGUUUAACUGAUCAAGAUAUAGGGUUCACGGUGAUCGUAACCAGACAAAAGGGGAUUCUUACUUCUUUAAGACACCUUAUCUCAUCUGCUGUUUCAUGUGUCUAUUUCCGUCUUAUUCUUUAAAGGACUUAUGAGAAUGAUCACUCUUCGAUAUCUUUGCUCUCCAUCUUUUAAAUGGAGAAGUAUUAAGUGCUUAUACUUGGUAUAAAAAGGAUUAUGAGCAGAUGAUUAAUUUUGGCUGUCCAUCAAUGUCACCGCAUCAAGAUGUCCCUGGCAGAAAAUUCAAACAAUUGGCGUUCUGGUCUCAAUCUCGCUGAGUGCAACAGAUAUAUGCUUACUCACCAGAUCCAUUGUGACGUCACAUUUAGAGUUGGAAAAGAGGGCAAACUUGUACGCGCGCAUAAGUACGUUCUCUCCAGCAGAAGUCCAGUCUUUGAUGCCAUGCUGUAUGGCGACCUGGCGGAAUCAUACGACAUCAUAGUUCCAGACAUCGAGCCGUCUUCAUUUGAUGCGCUGUUACGAUUUGUAUACUGUGGGGACGUCGAUUUAUGCCCGGACACAGUAACCUCUGUCUUGUAUGCCGCAGACAAAUACGGAGUUGAUGAUUUAGUGACAAAAAUAAAAUCAUACCUGGAUCAAAAUAUUACGAACGAAACUGUUUUGAUUAUCUUAGAAAGUGCAAAAUUAUUCAACUUUGAAGAUCUCCUGCAGAAGUGUAAGAGUUUCAUUCAGUCACAUCCUUUUCCUCUCUUGAAUUCGAAGUCAUCUUCUUUAGACUUAACAACAGAAACCCUUGAAUACAUUCUUUCCCUCGAGUUUAUCGCCAUGGAGGAGCCGGACAUUUAUCAGUUUCUUAUAAAAUGGUCGGAAAAUCAGUGUGAUAAAGCGGGGAUGGAGAAAACUGAUCAGAAUAUUCGAUCUAUAAUGGGGAACCUGAUUUAUCUCAUUCGUUUUCCUUUCAUGAAUAUAGAACCUUUUGUUAAAAAUAUCUGCAACCGGGAAAUACUUGAUGCGCAAGAGAAAUUGAAUCUGCAGCAAGUAAUUGUUGGCAAUUUGGAUAAAAACAAUACAAAAUUCAAUCUAGGAGAACGAAAAUGUAGAAUUUUUUAUGUUUUACGUGGACAACUUCCUUGUACAGAAAUUCGGUCAAAUGGGAGCAACCAACCAGAUAUUAUAGAUAUCAGAGUGAAUAAGAAUGUUAGAAUUCAUGGUUUCGUUAUGUGGGGUGGAGUGUCUAUCCCCUACACAUACAAGAUAGAGGCAAAACUAUUUGAAAACUCAAAAGAAAUAUCAACUGUACCUGUUCAAACAAUAUAUAAAAGAGAAUCCUCAGAUACAAAAUUUACUAUCCCAUUACCGGAACCGGUGUGUCUAGUCCCUGAUGUGACAUACAGUGCCUGGGUAUGUCUAAAGGGACCCGACAGCUGGAGUGGUGAACAUUACGGAUGGUAUGUCACAGAACAUGGCGUUGAAUUCGAAUUCAAUGAAAGCUGCGACGACAAUAUGUUCCCGUCGGGUAGUCUGGAACAGUUUCCAGGAUUGGUCUGCUCUUUGUAAUUAAUCCAGGCCCCAGGAUCAUGUAACAAACUCAGACUUAAGUCAAAAUGUCAAUCACCUGUAAAAUAUUCAUUACUUUUGAACUGAAACUCUUAAUUUGCAGACACUAGAAAUUCAAUGAAACAAUAUUGAAUAGCAAUUUUAUUUUGGAAUGAUUGACUUCUCAAUCAUUUCAUCACAAUAUUCAGUUUUUGACUUAAGCUUAAGAUGUUUCAUGAUCCUGGGGCCAGGUGUCAUUAAUCUAAAGGCUUUUUUCUACAUAUCAUAUUCCAGACUUAAUUGUCAAUUUUACUGCUUUACACAUUCAGGUAUAACUUUUGGAACACUUAACACAAUCAUUUCUCACAAUGAAUUAAAAAUUAUCGGUAUACCUUUUUACAUCAUGGACAUAUGUUUCUUUAACAAUUUACACAUUUACUGUAAACAUAUCACAGUGUUCUGAAACUGCAUGUCCUCAAUGCCAUCACCCUGAGUAAAUACUUUUGUAAAGUA